ACCAACCCAUCUAAUGGUUGUCGAGUUGACAAAGCGCAAGCUAACUUCUCUGCCUUGAACUGAAGUAAGGGGAACACGACUCGGGACCAAAACAAGGUUAUUUGGAGAGUGAUGCACUGUUGAUUGGAAAAGUGGAGACUAUGGACGCAUCAGAUGGCCAUGAAAAUGCUCUAUCUGCCAAGAAGAGUGGAAAAACCUCAUUGCUGGACAGCGGGGAGGACUUUGAGGUUUUAGAUGAAGAAGACAUCGAUGAUGACCUUCCUCCUUUGGAAGAUGCAGGGGGAGGGGAUGAGAAUGUAGCAGAUAAUACAGGAAAGAAAACUGCAGAGGAAGAAUCUGAGGCUUCAGCACAAAUGGAUGAAUGGCUGGAUGUGUUGGGAAAUGACCAGCUUAAGAAGAAAGUCUUGGAGCCAGGGAAGGGGCGAGCUAGCCGACCUCAAAAAGGACAAGAUGUGGAAAUUAAUCUGAAAACACUUUUGAUGGAUGGAACCCUUGUUGAGGAGCAAAAUAAUCUGUCGUUUACUCUGGGGGACGGCGAUGUCAUUCAAGCACUGGAUCUGACUGUGCAGCUCAUGGAAAUGGGAGAGAAGGCGCUCAUUCACACUGAUGCAAAAUAUGCAUAUGGUGCCAGGGGAAGCCUUGAACCUGAGGUACCCCCUAACGCACAGCUAUCCUUAGAAGUGGAACUUGUGAAAGCUACUGACGCGCCAGACGUGGAGCUGAUGCCGCCUUCAGACAGAAUUGCACUGGCCAUCCGCAAGAGAGAGAGGGGCAAUGUUCACUAUCAGCGCACAGACUAUGCUUUUGCUGUCAACUCAUACAGCAUUGCCCUGCAGAUUACAGAGUCAAACUCCAAAGUUGACAUUAGUCCUGAGGAGGAGGAGGAAUUGCUGGAUGUCAAAGUCAAGUGUCUGAAUAACAUGGCUGCCUCUCAGUUGAAGUUGGACCACUAUGAUGCGGCCCUUAAAUCUUGCGUUUCCGCUCUUGCGCACCAGCCAGACAACAUAAAAGCCCUUUUCCGCAUGGGCAAGGUUCUGGCUUUGCAAGGGGAAUACACUGAGGCCAUUCAAACCUUACGGAAAGCACUGAAGCUGGAACCAAGCAACAAGACAAUUCAUGCAGAGCUCUCCAAGCUGGUGAAGAAGCACUCGGAGCAGAGGGGAGCAGAACAGGCCAUGUACAAGAAGAUGUUAGGAAAUCCUUCCAAAAGUGGCACGACAAAAUCCAGAGCCAAGUCUUCAUGGGGUCUCAGCUGGAAGUGGCUUUUUGGUGCGACUGCUGUGGCCAUUGGUGGAGUAGCUCUAUCUGUUGUCAUAGCGGCCAGAAACUGAAGUGAACCAGAAGAGUCAGACGCAGUGGGGAGAGCCUAAACACUGAAGCACAUCUGGCGACACCUUCACACUCGGUGAAAGGAGGUGGAAAUGUCAGGUGGUGAAUCACCUCUUCACUGUCACACUCUUUUCUCUACUAUGUUUGAGAACUGUAUGUGACAAUUGAUAAUAAUAAUUACAUAUGGGGAAAUGUGUUUCAAGCCUUGUAGAUGGAUAGGUUUGUGCAUCUAACCUUUGUUCCAGCUGUUUCUUGUUCUUGGUAGUUGGUGUGAGGAACUGCUUGUUUGAAAUAAUAAAAGAAAAAUGAGAACA